CCUGUGGAAAAAAAAAAAGAAAGUUUUUAAAGCGGGGUGAAGUUUAACGUACGACCUCUAUGCUCGGUUUUAUUUUCUUGUACGAGCGCAUCUUAGCAGGUGGAGAACUGGGGGAUCAUUUUUGAGAAGUCUAAAAAAAAAUAUCGCUGAGAAUGAAGUCUCCUAAUUUCGUUUUCUGAGGGUUGCUGGAAUUCAGAGUUUCUGCAGCAGCAGUCUUGCCAAGGAAACAAACCGCCCUUUGGAGAGAGGUUUCCGGUGGUGACAGCAGGCUGCAGCUGUACGGGGCGAGAACGACCGUCCUCUGAAAGGAGAAGGGUUUUUUUUUUCUCCCCCCAUGUCAUUGAAAGAAAGGCGUAGCUCUAAAAGCAACGGCGUUUCAGAGGAGGGAUUCGCCUCGACAGGUUUUUUUGGGGGGUGGGGGGGGAGGAAAAGUUUGUCUUCCCUCUCGUGAGCGUGUCGGGAAGGGCUCCCUCGGACCCUCGCCUGCGCCCCCUCCGAGAAGCGAGAGGAUGACGGGCCGCCGCCGCUGACUCACCCCGCCUUGUCCGGCACCCUUCCUGGGCAGCGGUACGACUUGACAUCCCAGCCCGGGACCCCCGUUGUGUGCUCCCCCGAAUAACCUGGGGCCUUGGAGGACCACAGCCGAAAAUGUGUUGCUGCGCGGGAAAGGGGCGCUGUUGAUCGGUCCCGUCUCCACCAGUUUGUUUCUUUGACACCCACCACCCCCCACCCCACAAAAGUUGCCUUCACUUAACCAACAUCAUCAGUAACCCGACAAAGAGAUCAUGGUACCACAGCCCAGCUCUUUCUGUUGAAGUUCGAGGGGGUGGGGUGGGGGCUUUCGCCUUUUCUUGAUCAUCAUUACGACCUGCAACAUACUUUUUUUUUUUUUACACGGUAAUCAUCUCAAAAUUAAAACAAAAAAAAGACCAUCCAAUGUCUGCCUGCAGCAGCUCAUCUCCUCCAUCCUUGCCAAAGUCAUACCCACACUCUCAACACCCGUCUGCUCCACCGACUCCUUCGCCGUCGCCCAGCCCACCGGCGGGGCUCUACAGCCGCCUGUCCAACGGGAGCCUCAGCGCCCCAAGUCCCACGAACUCCCGGGGCUCCUUCCACGGGGUGUCCUUCCUCCUCCAGAUCGGACUGACCAGGGAGACGGUCACGCUGGAAGCCCACGACCUCUCCAUUUCCGCGGUGAAAGACCUCGUCUGCUCUAUCGUGGACCAGAAGUUCCCAGAGUGCGGCUUCUUUGGCAUGUAUGACAAGAUCCUGCUGUUUCGUCAUGACCUGAACUCGGAAAACAUCUUGCAGCGGCUGACCUCAGCCGAUGACAUUCACGAAGGAGACCUGAUCGAGGUUGUCCUUUCUGCUUUAGCUACAGUCGAAGACUUUCAGAUCCGACCACAUGCCCUCUUUGUGCAUUCUUACAAAGCCCCUACCUUCUGUGAUUACUGUGGAGAGAUGCUCUGGGGCCUCGUCCGACAGGGCCUGAAAUGUGAAGGAUGUGGGCUGAACUACCACAAGCGCUGUGCAUUUAAAAUACCAAACAACUGCAGUGGAGUGAGGAAGAGACGACUCUCCAAUGUGUCCUUACCAGGCCCUGGGCUAUCUGUCCCCAGACCCAUCCCAAUUGAACAUGCCACAGUGCCUAUUGAGGAGCGCUCUCACCAGGAGGCCGGGAAGCGGAUCCCCUCGUGGAGCGGACGCCCCAUCUGGAUGGAGAAGAUGGUCCUGGGCCGGGUGAAGGUGCCUCACACCUUUGUCAUCCACUCGUACACACGGCCCACCAUCUGCCAGUACUGCAAGCGCCUGCUCAAGGGGCUCUUCCGCCAGGGCAUGCAGUGCAAAGACUGUAAGUUUAACUGUCACAAGCGAUGUUCCUCUAAAGUACCGAGAGACUGUCUUGGUGAAGUUGUCUUUAAUGGAGAGCCGGCCAGCCCGGGGCCCGACUCGGAAAUGACCAUGGAGGUGGACAGCAGUGACAUCAACAGCGAUGGCAGUCGGGGCCUGGAUGACCCUGAGGAGCCUUCCACUCCAGACGACAAGCUCUUCUUCAUAGAUCACUCCUACCUGGAUGGAGAGAAGGACGAUGAAUCCAUUAAAAUAAUCAGCCCUUCCACCAGCAGCAACAUUCCCCUGAUGAGGGUGGUGCAGUCCGUCAAGCACACCAAGAGGAAGAGCAGCACUAUGGUUCGGGAAGGCUGGAUGGUUCACUACACCAGCAGAGACAACCUGAGAAAGAGACAUUACUGGAGACUAGACAGCAAGUACCUUACCCUGUUUCAGAAUGACACUGGAGCUAAAUACUAUAAGGAAAUCCCUCUCUCAGAGAUCUUGCAAGUGGACCCAGCUAGGGACUUCUCGAACCUGGCACAGGGCAGCAACCCACAUUGCUUCGAGAUCAUCACGGACACCAUGGUGUACUAUGUGGGAGAGAACAAUGGAGGAAACUUUCAGAACCCAGUGCUGGCUGCCUCAGGAGUGGGCCUGGAGGUGGCUCAGAGCUGGGAGAAGGCAAUCCGACAAGCCCUGAUGCCUGUUACCCCACAGGCUAGUGUGUGCACUGUGGGAGCACAAGGGAAAGACCACAAAGAGCUGUCCAUCAGCAUAUCUGUGUCCAACUGCCAGAUUCAGGAGAAUGUGGAUAUAAGCUCUGUAUACCAGAUCUUUGCUGAUGAGGUUUUGGGAUCAGGGCAGUUUGGAAUUGUAUAUGGCGGGAAACACAGGAAAACAGGCAGAGAUGUUGCAAUUAAGGUCAUCGACAAAAUGAGAUUUCCCACCAAGCAGGAGAGCCAGCUGCGAAAUGAAGUUGCUAUAUUACAGAACCUGCACCAUCCUGGGAUUGUGAACCUGGAGUGCAUGUUUGAAACUCCCGAGAGAGUUUUUGUGGUCAUGGAGAAGCUCCACGGAGACAUGCUGGAGAUGAUUCUCUCCAGUGAGAAGAGCAGACUUCCAGAGCGCAUCACCAAAUUUCUGGUCACGCAGAUUCUGGUGGCGUUGAGACAUUUGCAUUUUAAGAACAUAGUACACUGUGACCUGAAGCCUGAGAAUGUCCUCCUGGCCUCAGCAGAGCCUUUCCCUCAGGUGAAGCUGUGUGACUUUGGCUUUGCCCGCAUCAUCGGGGAGAAAUCCUUCAGGCGCUCGGUGGUGGGGACCCCCGCCUACCUGGCCCCCGAGGUCCUGCGGAGCAAAGGCUAUAACCGCUCUCUGGACAUGUGGUCCGUGGGCGUCAUCAUCUACGUCAGCCUCAGUGGCACUUUCCCCUUCAACGAAGACGAAGACAUCAAUGACCAGAUUCAAAACGCAGCCUUCAUGUAUCCACCCAACCCUUGGAUAGAGAUAUCUGGAGAAGGUAAAGCAACCGACCUCAUAAACAAUCUCCUUCAGGUGAAAAUGAGGAAGAGGUACAGUGUGGACAAGUCCCUCAGUCACCCUUGGCUUCAGGAUUACCAGACCUGGCUGGACCUCAGGGAGUUCGAGACGCGGAUAGGAGAGCGAUACAUUACCCACGAGAGCGACGACGCGCGCUGGGAGGAGUACGCCGACAUGCACAACCUGGCCUAUCCCAAGCACUUCAUCAUGGCUCCCAACCUGGACGACAUGGAGGAGGACCCUUAGCGGCCAGAUCUCGCCUGCAUGGAGGACUGAAGAGGCGGGAGGGGUCCUGCUCAUUGAAAGACACAGGAACUGUUCGUGACACCUGAGAUCCGCUGGGACGGUUUUGGCUGUGCUCGGGCGGAACACACCGCGGAGACGCCCCCCAACGAGGACGGGCGGCCGUGGCAGGCUCUGUGUGCAGUGCCAGGUCGCGCCAGUGGACCCGAGGUGGACGUGACACCGAGAGGCUGCGUGGACUGACGGUGUUCAGAACCGUUUCAAUCGCUCCUGGGAUCUGAUGAGACGUUUCUUUUUUCGGCUCGUUUUUUUUUUUUUAAAGAAUCUCCCCAUCCCACAAGUCCAAAGCGUAAAGUAGGAAGCGAACUCUGCUUUGCAUUGGAAAAGGACUUCCUCUGGGCUUGUGGAUUCUGCUCUUGGAAUCUAGCUUAUAAACUUCCACCACAACCUCCAGUAAAGGGCUAAAGCAUGGACCAAAUGGAAGAGGAAGGGCACUUUGGUUAUUUCACUUUCCUUAAACUAUUUUUUUUAAAGUAAAAUCUGAAAAGAGAUUACAGAUAUGUAUGUUUAAAUCUUUUCAUAACCGGCUUGAAAGAAUUUUGCUUAUUCUAAGAGUGCUAUUUUUAAAAAGUAUUUCUUUCAGAUUUUGUCGUUUGAUGGUAUUAAACUGGAACACAUAUAACAUUAUGCUAUUGUCUUGAAUAUCUUGUUUAAUGUCAUGGGGAUAGAACAUUUUUGCACUAUAGGUCAACUCGUCUUGUUAAUGAUUGAUCCUUACUUUGGCAAAUCAGAUGAACUUGUAACAGCUGCUACUUAAUUCCAUUGACAAAGAAAACCAAAGUAAAACAAAACCACGAAAGAACAAAGGGAUAUUUGAUAUGACUUGCAUCUGAGACUUUAAACCUUGUUUAUAUUUAUUACAAAUGGCCCAUCUUUAGAACACUCUGAAGCAGGUUAUAAAUUGACUAUGUACAGCAUGAUAGACAUUACUUUUCUAACUACAUAAAUAUCCAGAAGUAUUGCAUGUGUACUAAAUUAUUAUACAUCCUAUUAUCAGAGUGAGGGAAUGAUAAAUAUAUUUCCUGAUACUGCAGCAAACGUCUAUGGGAUGUGGAAGCCAUUCACGUUAAAGUCAUGCUAAGUACAUGUGUGGAUUUUAGAACUCUUGAUGGGAAAAAAGCAAUUCAGGAAAGGUAUUGCUGACUGAAAAGCUUAAAGAUGUGUAACAGAAGUAACUGAGCUGUUUUUGAAAACUUUGCAUUCCUCCAUGUCAUAUACAGUAACUGUACCAUAAUCUUGACAUUCCUGCUACUUGUGAACAGUACAUAGUUAGGCAAAACUACAACAUACAUCUCAGCUCUUUAGUUAGGCUUUUCUUUACAGAUAAUUUUGUGUCAUUAUCAAACAUCACAUUUACAAAGUAUUAAAGCAUGUCAUAAAAAAAGCAUUUAUAUCUCCUGCCCAGGGGUACAGUAUAAAAUACUGAUUUAUAAGAUAUACCUGUAGAUUUUUUUCUUGCACAAGGGUUAUAAGAACAGUGGCCUGAACAAAAACAGAUUUGAUAUUUUAUGAAAACACAUUAAAAAAGAAAAAAAAUUGAGACUUUUUGCAGUAUUUAAUGUGUUCUAGUUUAAUUUCUGUAUCCAUUACUGUCAGUUAAGUAAGGCACAGGUAUAACAAUCCAUGCCUUCAAAUACUGGAAAAUACUAUGCGGAGUGCAAUGACACAGUAAUUGCUACUCAUCCAGCAGUUUGUUUCUGUAUGUAUUUUUUUUGUAUUUUUGACAUAUGGAGCAAACAAUUACUACUCCCUUUUCUUGUCAUUUGCAGUUUCAGAUUGACAAUAUACAGUAUGACCUUUUGAUUAUUUCUGUUUCUAUCAAUUCCUCAUUAAACAUAUUCAGAUUUGUCUGAUUAGUUGGGUUUAUGGCGUAAUUUUUUCUUAAAACAUGGGCACAUGAAUUGCAGACAGCUUGAUUGGGGGAACUUUUCAUGCCAUUUAUGUUCACCUAUUGCACAGCCCACAGUGAGCAAAUUAGAGCAUGUAGCCUGAGUGUUUCAUACCUAAAAUAACACUGUUACUGCCCUAUUCUUUAUUUGUUCUGAUUUUUCAGUUUUGUAAAUACUUUCUCUCAUUAAUAUCUGACUACAGUACUUUACCAUCCUUUACUUUAAUGUUUUUAAAAUACAAUGCAGUAGUGAACACUGCUAAUCUAAUUAAGGUAGCAGCUGAAGACCUGUCUUAGGAAUUGUAAGCAAAAUCUGCACCCCAAAGCUAACAGUCUCUGUAAAUAUCUGAUAGACAUUUUCUCUGCCUUUAUCUCAAGAUUGGCACAAGCAUAUUUGAAGGAAACUGCCCAUUUUUAUACAGAAUAGUUCUAUGGAUAAUAAAUAUUGCUCAUGCCCAGCACUGGAUGUCUAACAGGCACAAAUCUUGGGCAGGACACGUUUUGCUUAUCAUCCUUAUCCAAUUAAUAGGACUUUUUCAACCAAAUGUGAACUGGACAUUGACAAUUUCACAGAUUUCUGAGUUAAAUAACCUUAUAUCUUAAAUAUUCCAGACCAUAUGGAGUUCGUCUUCUAAGCAGUGACUACAGUUGUGAAAAAGAAGGACUCAGUUUGUUGCGAAUUAUACAAAAAUUGAAGCUGUCGGCUUUUAUCUAACUUUUGACGGCCAUCUGUUAUGGUUUCCAUUGCCGUUUUCUCAGUAUUGCUAGAAUAUUUUUCCUUAAUAGCACCACUAUUAAGUUUCAUGUUCACUUUUGUCCUUUUCUUCUGUUGAAAGAGAAUACUGCAGUGUUAUAAGGGCUGAAUAACACCACUGCACUGGGCUGUGAGAUAAGCUCAGUUGAACUGUUUAAUGCUAAUGCUUUUUUUUUUUGUUUUUUGCAUACGUUCCCUUAUGUAAUGUAAAAAUUGGGCCUGACUGAACUGAAACUGUUAAAGAUGCAUGACUUAAUCCUGAGAAUCAUUUCAAUUUCUGUGUUGCCACUGGAUUGGCAGGUGUCUUUAAAGUGUUUUGUAUAUUUUAAUACUUACUGAUUAAUAAAAUGCAGCAUCUCAACAUAAGUUUACUAUUCUAUUUGUACUCUAUUUUUGGAAAUGGGAAGUUUCAUCCUGCAGUGAGGGGUCAGACAGCCGUUUGUAUUCUAAGUCGUCAAAUGUCCUUGGCCGUAAGAGAAAAUGGUUGGGAUCCAACUGCGCCUCUCUUUAAUAAAAGUACAUUUUUCCAUGGG